AAAUAUUAUUACCAGAUGAUAACAUUAUUAACUGAAGAUGAUCCAGAAGAGCAGAAGACGGUCCGCAAAGCCAUGGACGCCAUAGAGAGUAAAACCUGUAUAAAAUUUGUGACGCGAGAAAGUCAAGCGGAAUACAUCAGCAUCAACCGAGAAAAGGACCAAGGCUGUUACGCUAUGAUCGGAUAUCGGCCUAAGCUGGGCAAGCCGCUUCCUGUGAACUUGCAAUCUCCGGAGUGUCUGAGGCAUCAAGGCACAAUACAACACGAACUUCUCCAUGUGCUAGGGCUGAUGCAUGAACAGGCCAGGCCUGACCGGGAUACGUACGUCAAGAUACUCUGGGACAAUGUGGAACCUCAAUACAAAAAUGACUUUGGAAAAGCGAGAAAGACUGAAGUGACAACAUUUGAUGUUCCAUACGACUACCGGAGUGUUAUGCACUAUCCGAAGUACGCGUUUUCAAAAAACGGGAAGGACACCAUCGUGGCUGUUUCCCGGGGGAGUGGGCUGUUGGGACUGUUACAGGGACAACGGGACGACCCCAGUAUAGACAUGGGACAGCGGGAAGCAGCCACAGAUGGGGAUCUGGAGAAGAUCCGCAGAAUGUACAAAUGUCCCACUACUGGGGGUUCCAAUUAAACAAAUGAUACAUCGCA